AUGCUGCCCGCCAUCUACACGGCCUUGGCGGGGCUGCUGCUCCUGCCGCUGCUGGUGAACCUCUGCUGCCCCCACCUCUUCCAGGACACCUACUACUUCCUGCAUGUGGCCGGCUUGGCCCGCCGGGUGCGCAGCUACGGGCGGCGGCGGCCGGUGCGCACCGUCGUGCACGACUUCCUGGAGAAGGCGCGCCAGACCCCGCACAAGCCUUUCCUGCUCUACCGCGACGAGACGCUCACCUACGCGCAGGUGGACCGGCGCAGCAACCAAGUGGCGCGGGCGCUGCGCGACCACCUCGGCCUGCGCCAGGGAGACUGCGUGGCGGUUUUCAUGGGCAAUGAGCCGGCCUACGUGUGGCUGUGGCUGGGGCUGGCCAAGCUGGGCUGUGCCAUGGCGUGCCUCAACUACAACAUCCGCGCCAAGUCCCUGUUGCACUGUUUCCAGUGCUGCGGAGCGAAGGUGCUACUGGCCUCGCCAGAACUACAAGCAGCUGUUGAAGAGGUGCUGCCAAGCCUGAAGAAAGAUGAUGUGUCCAUCUAUUAUGUGAGCAGAACUUCCAACACGGACGGGGUUGACUCUUUCCUCGACAAAGUGGAUGAAGUAUCAACCGAACCUAUCCCAGAGUCCUGGAGGUCUGAAGUCACGUUCUCCACGCCUGCCUUAUACAUUUAUACUUCUGGAACCACAGGUCUCCCAAAAGCUGCAGUGAUCAAUCAUCAUCGCUUAUGGUAUGGAACCGGCCUCAGUCGUAUAAGCAGGGUUAAGAAAGAUGAUAUCAUCUAUACCACUCUGCCCUUGUACCACAGCGCUGCGCUUAUGAUUGGCUUAAAUGGAUGCAUUGUGGCUGGUGCCACCCUAGUUUUGCGGAACAGAUUUUCAGCCAGCCAGUUUUGGGAUGAUUGCAGAAAAUAUAACGUCACUGUCAUUCAAUAUAUCGGUGAACUGCUUCGGUAUUUAUGCAACUCACCCCAGAAACCAAACGACCGUGAUCACAAAGUGAGAGUAGCCUUGGGAAAUGGCUUGCGAGGAGAUGUGUGGAGAGAAUUCAUCAAGAGAUUUGGGGACAUUCACAUUUAUGAGUUCUAUGCUUCCACUGAAGGCAAUAUCGGCUUUGCGAAUUACACGAGAAAAAUUGGUGCUGUUGGGAGAGUAAACUACCUACAGAGAAAAGUUGUAUCUUAUGAGCUGAUUAAAUAUGAUGUGGAGAAAGAUGAACCUGUCCGAGAUGAAAAUGGAUAUUGCAUCAAAGUUCCCAAAGGUGAAGUUGGACUCCUAGUUUGCAGAAUCACACAACUUACACCAUUUAGUGGCUAUGCGGGAGGGAAAACUCAGACAGAAAAGAAAAAACUGAGAGACGUCUUUAAGAAAGGAGAUGUCUAUUUCAACAGUGGAGAUCUCUUAAUGAUUGACCAUGACAAUUUCAUCUACUUCCACGACAGAGUUGGCGAUACAUUCCGGUGGAAAGGAGAAAAUGUGGCCACCACUGAAGUUGCUGACAUACUGGGACUGGUUGAUUUUGUCCAAGAAGCAAAUGUUUAUGGAGUGCCUGUGCCAGGUCACGAGGGUCGAAUUGGCAUGGCCUCAAUCAAGAUGAAGGAAGGCCAUGAAUUUGAUGGAAAGAAACUCUUUAAGCACAUUGCCGACUACCUGCCUGGUUAUGCAAGGCCCCGGUUUCUAAGGAUACAGGACACCAUUGAGAUCACUGGAACUUUUAAACACCGCAAAGUGACCCUCGUGGAGGAGGGCUUCAACCCUGCAGUCAUCAAAGAUGCCUUGUAUUUCUUGGAUGACAAAGCAGCAAUGUAUGUGCCCAUGACUGAGGACAUUUACAAUGCCAUACGUGCUGAAACUAUGAAACUCUGAAUAUUUCCAGAAAGAAACUGAACGGAUCCAACUUUAAUUUGAUUGAAGAUUGUGGGGUGCAUUUUUCAUGCAUACCAAUAA